AUGGCGCAAGACGACUCGGUCGAUUUCGACGUGAUCGAGGGGCAGAAGGAGAACAUCCAGUCUCUUCCCGGCGGUCGCUCGGCCAAGAAGCUCGUCGAGAUCUACUCGCCAUCGCCUCUCCACAAACUGGCGACCCCGACCCCUUCGGACACGCGCAACGUCAACGAUUGCAUUCGCGCCGAGUACGAGGCAGAGCUUCAGAACAUCAACGAGUCCGACGACCCCCUCGACGUGUUCGACCGAUAUGUCCGAUGGACUCUAGAUGCCUAUCCUUCUGCUCAGGCAACGCCUCAAUCACAACUCCACAGUCUUUUAGAGCGAGCGACGAAGACCUUUAUUGGCUCAGCACAGUACAAGAACGACCCACGAUACCUCAAGCUCUGGCUUCACUACAUUCACUUCUUUUCUGAUUCACCUCGGGAGGCCUUCGUCUUCCUAUCGCGACAUGCGAUUGGCGAGAACCUUGCCCUAUUUUACGAAGAGUACGCAGAAUGGCUAGAGGGAGUCGGUCGCUGGGCACAAGCCGAGGAGGUCUACAAAAUGGGUAUUGAGCGUGAGGCUCGCCCCGUGCAAAGACUGCUGAGAAAGUUCAAAGAAUUCGAAGAGAGACUCGCGCACCAGCCGGACAGCGUCAAUGAGCCCACGUCCCCCGCUUUACCGAGUGUACGGCCAGCAUUGGCGGCCAAGUCCAACCCUUUCACUGCCGCUGCUGCUUCUAGCGACCCGCAAACUCGACGGCCGACGAACGGGGGACAUUCCAAGUCCACAACAAAGCCCAAGAUGGCCAUCUUCUCAGAUGCGGAUUCGAAGCCGCCUGCCUUAUCGACCAAAGAUACAGAGUCAAAGGGAUGGGAUACAAUCGGUUCGAUGGCGGAACGCAAGAAGGAGAACGAGGUGGAGAAGAAGCCAUGGGUCGGCGAGACACUCAAGGCUGGCGGAAAGAAAGCCACGGCGGCGAAGAUGUCGGUGUUCAGGGAUCCGACAGGGAAGCGUGAACGCAUUUAUGUUGACUUAGCCACGGUGUACCCCACGCCAGAGGAGCAAGGUACCGAAUUGAGCUUUGAGGAGGUCAUCGCCGCCAGGCGAGGGUGGCUGGACCACAUUUGGGACGAUGAGCUACCACAGGAGGACACGCUCGAUUCUGAACCUGCGAGCCCUACGCCGGUCCGGGGCAUUGUCAAAGACUUUGGCCGAAAGUUGGUCAUACAUCGUGACCCUGCUGGAGCAGUGGAUGAAAAUGGUGCACCCAUGGAGCCGCCUCGCCCUGCUCGAGGGACGAAGAAAAAGAAGCAGAUGGAGUACAACGAGACACAAAUCAUUAAAGCAAAGCUCGACUCCCCCUCUGGACCGAAGCUCAAGAAGAAGAACGUUUCGGAACCGACCAUGACACUGCACACAAGGGCAGCUACCGAUGACAUCUACGACAUUUUCAAUGCUCCUCUGAAAUCAUCAGGGCAGAGCGAGGCUAGUGAAAACGAGGAGGACUAUGACAGCGAGGGCGACUACUCUACGGAUGCGGAAAGCACUUGCACUACACGCCAGGUCGACGCAACCGAGCGGGUCGACGAGGACGAGGAUGCUAGGAGUGUGAGCGAGUGGUCCGAUUUCACCGCUCGGAAGCACAUCCCCAACAUAGGAGCUGAUGCAGACAGCCUCCCUGAUGAGAACCGCCACUACACGCAGAUGUCAGAGCUGGGCAAUCUUGGGGAGAAUGACUACUCAAGCUCGCGGGAUGAUCUACCUCGUGCCGAUGAAGAACAUCCAGAUACGUCUGACGACGACAAUCCAAGAACUUGGUCUUCUUUUGUACCGGUGCCACCUGAAGAUUAUGACCCGCCCACUCGGCCUUAUAGGGACCCGGCUGAGAUAGCGAAUAAUCGUCUCCCUUUCAUGACACCUAUCACGGAACGGACUGAGGUGUCCCUGGAGGUCAUGGUGGAAAGGAGAGAUCAGUUCAAGACGCCGUGUAAGAAAGACAGCGCUGCGAUCUCGGUUAACAAUGAUGAAGAAGCCUCAGACUUGGAGCCUAUGAGUAGUCCGAUUCGAGAGCUAAUCAGCCCUCCCAGCACGACGCCGGCUGGUCGUCCCCUUGUACCGAAAGCGGCGAUCGCAUUGAGUCGAUCGGUACCUCACAAGUCUGCCAUGGGCAGAGGCCCAAUCAUCAAAGAUGCGCAAUGCAACCCCAUCGACGAGUCUGUGCGCAACGAGAUCUUGGCCAAAACUCAGCCUCCCUUGAGCGCAUACAGCGGGUUCUAUGACCAUCGGGAGGAGAAGUCUGAGCGUAGCGGCGACAUCCGCCGGUACACCAAAGCGCUGCAAAAGCAGGCUAGGGGUGACAAGGCAAUGUCGCCACAAGCACCCGUGAACAUUGGGUUCCCCGCGGGUCAGGUGUACUCCAUCAAGAGAGAGCUGGGUGCAGGAGCGUUUGCGCCCGUGUACCUGGUCGAGAACUCGGCUCCAAACGAGAUUGAGAAUGACGAAAAAGCGGUGGUGGCAAUGGGUACAGGAGCGUUCGCGGUGAGCCAUCGACACACGGUUGAAGCGCUCAAAAUGGAGAAUCCCCCGACACCGUGGGAGUUCCACAUGAUGCGCGUGGCUCAUAUUCGGCUUGGACCUCAUCACCGAGCAACCGCUUCGCUAUCCUAUGCCCACGAAAUGCACCUAUACCGGGACGAGGCGUUCUUGUUCCUCCCUUUCCAUCCUCACGGGACUCUGCUUGACGUUGUCAACAUCUUCAGAGCCGAGGCAUCGGGCGUCAUGGACGAGCAGCUCGCCAUGUUCUUCAGCAUCGAGCUACUGCGCACCGCUGAGGCACUGCACGCCAAAGGCAUCAUGCACGGUGACAUCAAGCCGGACAACUGUCUUCUGCGUCUCGACAACCUGCUUGGAGAUCAUCAGCCAGAGCGUCAGCACGCUCAACAUGGCCCCCUAUCCAGUCAAUGGCAAGCAGACGGCAGUGGUGGCUGGGGCGCACGGGGGGUGACUCUCAUUGACUUUGGACGCGCCAUUGACAUGCGUGCCUUUGCGCCAAACGUCCAAUUCAUCGCUGACUGGAAGACGACGCAGCAGGACUGCGCGGAGACACGCGAGGGGCGUCCAUGGACGUGGCAGCUCGACUACCAUGGUCUUGCGGGCACCAUUCAUUGCCUGCUGUUCGGAAAAUACAUUGAGACCGUCCGCUGCGAUCAAGGUGGCAUUAGUAUUGGAGGACGCAAGUAUCGCAUCCGCGAGUCGUUGAAGAGAUACUGGCAGACCGAGCUAUGGGGUGACUGCUUCGAUGUGCUGCUCAACCCUGGGUCACACCUCGAGAAUGAGGAUGGUAGCAAGAUGCCCAUCUUGCGAUCGAUGCGUGAUGUGCGCGAGAGGAUGGAGAGAUGGCUCGAGGACAACUCGGAGAGGGGCACGGGUUUGAAGGUUCUGAUGAUGAAGUUGGAGGCCCACGCGAAGGCGAGGAGGCAUUGA